AUGGACUAUGGGCGUGAUGAGGACGACAAGCGUCCUGCUGCCAAUGCCGUUAAAGAAACGCCCAACAUACUGGACUUGAGUUCAAACACAUCACCAUCAUCCUUUAAAGGCCCGAGUCCUGCUGACACAAAUAUCCCCGUGGAACCGCCUGCUCGUCCCAUUUCACCUCCGAAGGGAGCUCCCAUCAGUGGGAAGCCCCGCGGUUCCCGGCAGUGGGCCGCGCCAGUUGCUCAUGAUUUUCAUGAUUCCCCAGCAAAGAAGCGAUGGCGACAGGGUCAGAAACCUGAUGCGGCUGUGCGUCUGCCUGACGAGGUUGUCAACAACAAGCCCAUUUCCGGGGACAAUGUUCCUUCGAAUGCAUUGAUGAAAUCCCUGGCUCACCCACGGGAACGGGAAGAGAUUCUGAAGCGUAUCACCCAGAUGACGGGUGUGUUCAUGAAGCGCGGCAUGUACCGUGAUCGGUUUCUUUUGAUCUGGGGGGAGCCUGAGCAAGUACACACGGCAAAGACCAUCCUCCUAAGACUUACCGAGCGGUUCAACAUAGAAAGACCUGUUGAUGGACAGCGUAGCUGGCGAAAGAUCCACCCGGAAUAUGAGCAGGACAUCCAGAAAAUGCUCCUUGUCGUGGCUAUCAAGGAUGAGCUGGCUUCACUGCGUGAGAAGCCCGGGACAGCUAACUCUGAAUUUGAGGUGAGUCACGUAUCCAUAAUGAGACUUUUGGCUAGCGUUCGAGUCAUUCGGCUAACUGGCUUCAUGGGUAAGAGGGUGUAUACUUGGCCUAGCGAUGGCCCAACGGUGCAGGAAGAACUCGGCAUUCGCCUGGAAAAGCUUGACCUUAUCCGAACUGAGUUUAAAGCGCACCUGUAUCUGCAGGAAGACUCCACUGACAAGAUCUGUAUCUCCGGGGGCAGCGAAGCCGACAUAGAGCAGAUCAUUAUUCGACUGCAGGCAUUGUGGAAAGCAACCAUGGCAAAGGCUAGCACCCGGAUUAAAGCCUACAUUGUUGAGUCACCCCCAAAGGACACUGUGCGAGAAGCAGUGAUAAUGGUGAAGAGUGGCAACCUUGCAUUGCCAUUUCUCCAUGGAGCUCAGCAACAUCCAUUGAAGACACAAGAUCAUAAAAAAUGCGAAAAUGUCAACGAUAUCCAUAAGAACAACAACCAGCUGCUGUUAAGUAGCUUCCAGAAAGCCCUGUCGCAAGCUAACCUUUUCGCCGGCUACCUCCGAAUGCGUGUGCACUUUGGCUCUUUUGUUAUGGACAGGUUCCGAGGACCUAGCAAUGGCCAAAAGUCGUAUGGGCUUGACGAGUUCCGCGAGAUGGUUCUCCUCGAGCGUUCGAGAGGACGACUGGUACCAGGAUUGAAAAUCAGUGGUGAAGAGCUGCUAAAUCGAUGUAUGGGCGCUGCCACUGUUUUUGGACCCGUAGAUACCUCAUACACACUUGAGGAACUGAAGAGCAUCAUACCCACCUACUCAGCUAGUUUUCAGUUCUCGGGAUCGGCCAACUCCUUUUUCCGCCUAGAAGUGGAUUUCCGACGACGCAGCACCGAGACUGAAAUGGGUUACCACCGGUGGUUCAACACCCAUGACAAGGAGAAUGGCAACGUCCGCCGACUCCCCAUGCAGCUUGGCGUGAUGAACUUCAUACAGUCCGACUGGCAAGGUGAUAUUGAACUCUUCGAGCCCCUGCAUAAUGACCAGAUAAGCGAACAACUAGGCAGCUUCCUGCAAUCAAUCAGAUUCGAUAAUAAACUUCGAGAGCACGGAAUGGCCACCAAGUCCCGCAAGAAGGUUCUGUUCGACCAAGCUGUACCGGUAUCCAGCUUUGUCGAAAAAUCCGCAGUCCGGUUGACCGUCAAAGGAACAAGGUAUGCGUUCGAAUUGGCUCGAUUUGAUCGAUAUACUCCGACUUCUUUGGGCUGGACCACGACGCCGGUCGUUGCAUGGGGGGCGACCUUGUUCAAUCCUGGCUGGGAUGCUGCCCUAGGUGCGUCUAUCAAGUCAUUUGCAACAGACCCAAAGGACACCGCGACACAUGUGGGAAAUUUUGAUUCUUUCUUUCCUGAGAGUGCUGCAAGCCUUGAUGGUAGUAACGAAGGCUUCUGGGAGUACAUGAAAAUUGUUCGUGAACUCUCCUGCCUUCUUGGGUUGAACGAAGAAGAAUUCGAGGAACUUUCGGAGGAUUCCCUUAAGCAGAGAAUGGCAGGAUUGAUGGAUAUGGAGCUCGGAAUGCUAUUCUAG